AUGGCGUCGCCUUCCCUUCCCAGCACCAUGAAAGUGGUGCACCAACCCGACCCCAACUCGACGCGCCUCGUCCUUGAAGACGCGCCACUGCCGACCAUUUCCCGCCCGGACGAGUGUCUUGUCCGUGUUUACACCACUACGCCGUGCGCGGGUGAACUACACUGGGAGACAUGGUUUCCUUCCCUCUUUGCGCCCGGGCGAGAGAGAGUCCCCUGCACCGAGGCUGCAGGCGUUGUCGCCAAACUCGCUGACAGCGACGAGGCCCGGGCCUCUGGCUUCAAAAUCGGAGACGAGGUGUUUUUCCGCCUCGAGCCGUCUCAAACCGGCAACCUGCGUCAAUACACCCUAGCUCGACUCUCUCAAAUGGCACACAAGUCCAAGAACGUGGGAUGGACAGAUGCCGGGGCGACGCCACUAAGUGCACUCACGGCCUGGCAGGGCGUCUUCCAACAUGGGGUCCUGGAUGAAAAGGCAGUGUUUGGAGAUGAAGCAGCCCGAGAGAAAAAUAGGACUCUCAAGGUGCUUAUUACAGGAGCCUCUGGUGUCGUGGGCAGCUGGGCGGUUCAGUUUGCAUCUCUCGCCGGAGCAGGCCAGGUUAUCACCGUCGCUGGCGGCCACGCCGGCGAAUAUGUUCGAAAGCUGGGCGCGACAGACGUGUUGGACUACAAGAAGCAGAGUAUUUCCGACUGGGUGGCCGUGAAUUCAUCGGAGCGCGAGGUAGAUGCCGCUUUCGACUGCGUUGGCGGAUCAACGCUUGCGUCGUGCUGGUCUGCCGUGAAAGAAGGGGGUGUAUUGCACAGCAUCACCGGCGACCCGCAGCAGUCGAAGCCAGAGUCGAUUACGAAGAAGCUUGCCGAGGCAAAGUGGUUCCUGGUUGAACCCAACGGUAAGCAGCUGGGGGCAAUUUCUAAGCUGCAAGGAGAAGGCAAGUGUGUCACCAAGGUGGAUAGUUUGGUUGAUCUUGCCGAUUUCCAGGAAGCGUUUGAUAAGGUUGAGGACAAAAAGGCAAAUGGCAAGGUAGUUAUCCGAGUCCAGGGUUGGUGA